AUGCAAGUCAUUAUUACAUCCAGUAACUCAAAGCUAACGCACGAAACAAAGGAACUCCUUCUAGACAUUGAAGGGCUCUUUCCAGGAGCUACGCCUAUUCCGCGCAAGAACAGAAAGUUUUCGCAGUUCUUGAAAGAAGAAGUCACAGAGAAAGAGGCUAUGAUCAUACGUCUCGACCAAGUUGACUGUUCCUACAGACGGCUUCUUUUCAUAAAAAAAGAUGCAGAAAACAAUCUAACCACAAGCACAUACUCUAUUGUGGCAUACACACUCUCAAGGCGGCUGAAUGGGGCUGUUGACUCAGGGCACAUGCCAGAGCUGUCCAUAACAAACUUUGACGAUACAGAAAAUGACCUUCGUUUUAUAAAGGAUAUAGAGGAUGCAUACAGUACUGAAGACCCUGACUUUGAGGGAAGGCAGGUGGUGUCAUUUACAAAAAAAAGAGGCUUUAUUCUUUGUAGGAAACACAGAUACAUUAUUCGGCUGCCAGAAGACAGCACAAAAGAUGAAACUGUGCGGCUGGAUGAGAUAGGUCCGCGACUCUCUCUUAAGCUGCAGACUGUGGAUGUUAAUGAGAAUUACAUCUUUAGACACACAAAAAACAUCAAACUGAAGGACUAG